AUCAUUAAUGUGCUUUUCUGUCUUUCUGUAGGGUCUGCGUGGCGAAGGACAGCUAGUGUCAGAGGAAAAGUAGACAACAGCCCAACUCUGGUCGCCCCCACUGUCACUUUGGGGGAGUGGCCACAGCAGAUCUUAUCUGGUGUUGAGUGGCUGUCAUGAUCUCUACAGCACCGCUUUACAGCAGCGUGCACAACUGGACCAGUUCUGACCGCAUUCGCAUGUGUGGCAUCAACGAGGAGAGAAGAGCACCUCUUUCUGAUGAGGAGUCCACGACAGGUGACUGCCAGCACUUUGGAUCUCAGGAGUUUUGUGUCAGCAGCAGUUUUUCCAAGGUGGAGCUCACAGCAGUUGGAAGUGGCAGCAGUGCCGGGGGGGCAAACCCAAAUGGCAGCACAACAGAAAAACUUGGGCACAGGUCAGAAGAUCAGCCUGAUGAUCCCCAGCCAAAAAUGGACUAUGUUGGGAAUACAGCAGAGUCCGAGGGCCUCCUGGUGCCACUGAGCAGCCCAGGAGACGGGCUUAAGCUACCCACUCCUGAUAGCACUGAGGCCAGCCACAGUAGGGCCAACUGCUCCUGGACUCCCCUAAGCACCCAAAUGAGCAAACAGGUUGACUGCUCGCCAGCCGGGGUAAAGGCUUUGGAAUCUCGGCACAGUGUUGGGGAGAAGAAUACUUUCAUUUUGGCAACUCUGGGAACUGGAGUCCCUGUGGAGGGAACCCUGCCUCUAGUUACCACUAACUUUAGUCAGCUGCCAGCACCUAUCUGCCCUCCUACCCCUGGGUCGACCUCUGUGACCCCAUCAGUUCCCGAUCCAUUCCAAGUUCCCCUCUCUGUCCCAGCCCCAGCGCCCCACUCAGGACUAGUUCCAGUCCAAGUUGCCACAUCAGCUUCAGCUUCAGCUCCUUCUCCUCCCUUAGCACCAGUGCCCGCUCUAGCUCCAGCACCCCCCUCGGUGCCUACUCUCAUCUCUGAUUCAAACCCUCUCUCUGUGUCAGCCUCUGUCUUGGUGCCUGUGCCAGUGUCUACUCCCCACUCAGUCCCAUUGCCACUGUCGGCUCCUGCUCCUACUCCUCUCACAGUCUCUGUUUCUGCACCUCCCUUGGCUCUGAUCCAGGCUCCUGUGCCUCCUUCGGCUCCCACUUUGGUCCUUGCUUCUGUCCCAACUCCAGUUCUAGCUCCCAUGCCAGCAUCCACGCCUCCAGCAGCUCCUGCCCCUCCAUCUGUGCCAAUGCCCACUCCAACCCCAUCCUCUGGCCCACCCUCUACCCCCACCCUUAUUCCUGCCUUUGCUCCAACACCGGUGCCUGCACCCACCCCAGCCCCAAUCUUUACUCCAGCCCCCACGCCCAUGCCGGCUGCCACACCAGCUGCCAUCCCCACCUCAGCACCCAUUCCAGCCUCCUUCAGUUUGAGUCGAGUGUGUUUUCCUGCAGCUCAGGCACCAGCUAUGCAAAAAGUCCCUCUGUCUUUUCAGCCAGGGACAGUGCUGACUCCUAACCAGCCACUGGUAUACAUCCCACCUCCAAGUUGUGGCCAGCCACUCAGUGUGGCUACACUGCCAACCACUCUGGGAGUCUCUUCCACGCUCACACUCCCAGUCCUGCCAUCUUACCUGCAGGAUAGGUGUCUCCCAGGUGUGCUGGCCUCCCCAGAGCUCCGCUCUUAUCCAUGUGCAUUUUCUGUGGCCCGACCUUUGGCUUCAGAUUCAAAGUUGGUCUCUUUAGAGGUGAACAGGCUCUCCUGUACUUCCCCAUCCAGCAGCACUAACAGCCAGCCUGCUCCUGAUGGAGUCCCUGGACCUUUGGCAGAUACCUCCCUCACCGCUGCUUCUGCCAAGGUGCUUCCAACUUCACAGCCUUUGCUGCCAGCCCCCAGUGGGAGCUCAGUUCCACCACACCCCUCCAAGAUGCCAGGUGUCACUGAGCAACAAACAGAAGGGACUUCUGUUACCUUCUCUCCUCUCAAGUCACCUCCACAGCUGGAGAGAGAGAUGGCCUCUCCACCUGAGUGCAGCGAGAUGCCUCUUGACCUUUCUUCCAAGUCCAACCGCCAGAAGCUUCCAUUGCCGAACCAGCGUAAAACACCUCCCAUGCCUGUGUUGACCCCUGUGCACACCAGCAGCAAAGCCCUACUUUCCACAGUCCUGUCUAGGUCUCAGCGCACAACCCAGGCUGCUGGCAGCAGUGUCACUUCCUGCCUGGGCUCCACGUCUUCACCUUUUGUUGUCUUUCCAGAGAUGGUAAGGAAUGGAGACCCAAGCACCUGGGUAAAAAACUCAACUGCUCUGAUCAGCACCAUUCCUGGCACAUAUGUGGGAGUGGCCAACCCAGUUCCUGCAUCCCUGCUGUUAAACAAGGACCCUAACCUGGGCCUUAACCGAGAUCCUCGUCAUCUCCCUAAGCAGGAGCCUAUCUCCAUCAUUGAUCAAGGAGAGCCUAAGAACACUGGUGCCACUUGUGGCAAGAAAGGCAGCCAGGCUGGUGCUGAGGGACAGCCAAGCACAGUCAAAUCCCGUUAUACCCCAGCCCGCAUUGCCCCUGGGCUUCCCGGCUGCCAAACCAAGGAACUGUCUUUAUGGAAACCUACAGGGCUCGCAAAUAUGUACCCACGGUGUUCCAUCAAUGGGAAAUCCACUAGCACCCAGGUCCUGCCUGUUGGCUGGUCACCAUACCACCAAGCAUCCCUGCUUUCUAUUGGCAUUUCUAGUGCCAGGCAACUAACCCCCAGUCAGGGGGUGCCUAUCAGACCCACCAGCAUUGUUUCUGAGUUUUCUGGUGUGUCAUCCCUUGGUUCCAGUGAAGCUGUUCAUGGCCUUCCUGAGGGGCAGCCACGACCUGGAGGCCCCUUUGCUCCAGAGCAGGAUGUCGUCACAAAGAAGAAAACUUGCCGAAUUGCUGCCAAGCCUUAUGAAGAACAAGUCAGCCCUGUCCUCUUGACUCUCAGCCCUCAGACAGGGACUCUGGCACUGUCUGUUCAGCCUAGCAGUGGGGACAUUGGAGUAAAUCAGGGAUCUGAGGAAUCUGAGAGCCACCUCUGCUCUGAUAGUUCUCCUAAGAUGGAAGGCGCCCAGGCUGCCUGUGGCUUGAAGCUGGCAGGAGACGCAAAGCCUAAAAACCAAGUGCUGGCUACCUAUAUGUCCCAUGAGCUGGUCCUGGCCACCUCCCAGAACUUGUGCAAGAUGCCUGAGCUGCCUUUGCUACCUCAUGACAGCCACUCUAAGGAACUCAUUUUAGAUGUGGUUCCAAGCAGUAAGAGGGGUCCCAGCACAGACCUUUCGCAGCUUGGAAGUCAGGUGGAUCUGGGGCGGGUGAAAAUGGAGAAAAUGGAUGGUGAUGUGGUCUUCAAUUUAGCUAACUGUUUCCGGGCUGAUGGUCUCCCAGCAGCUCCCCAGAGGGGCCAGGCUGAAGUUCGGGCUAAAGCUGGGCAAGCUCGAGUGAAGCGGGAAAGCGUUGGGGUCUUUACUUGCAAGAACAGUUGGCAGCCAGAUGAAGAGACAGAAUCUCUGCCACCCAAAAAGGUGAAGUGUAACAAAGAAAAGGAAAUUGAGGAAGAACCACAGCUGCCACCACAGCCACAUGAGAAGCCCAUGGUCCGGAGUUCCCUGGGGUCCAAGUGUUGGAAACUGCCUGGAGAUACCCAGGAACCCACCAAGAAAAGCCCCAGAGGGGCUUCAGAUUCAGGAAAAGAGCACAAUGGAGUCAGGGGAAAGCACAAGCACCGGAAGCCAACAAAGCCAGAGUCCCAGCCUCCAGGAAAACGAGCCGAUGGUCAUGAGGAAGGUUCUUUGGAAAAGAAAGCAAAAAGCAGUUUCCGUGACUUCAUCCCUGUGGUUCUGAGCACUCGAACACGCAGUCAGUCUGGAAGCAUCUGUAGCUCCUUCACUGGUAUGGCAGACAGUGACAUGGGAAGCCAGGAGGUCUUCCCUACAGAGGAAGAAGAGGAGGUGGCUCCUACCCCAGCUAAGAGGAGAAAGGUGAGAAAGACCCAGAGGGACACCCAGUACCGCAGCCAUCAUGCCCAGGACAAGACCCUGCUGAGCCAAGGCCGCAGACAUCUGUGGCGAGCCCGAGAGAUGCCCUGGAGGACAGAGGCUGCCCAGCAAAUGUGGGAUACCAAUGAAGAGGAAGAAGAUGAUGAGGAAGAUGGCCUGGUGAAGAGAAAGAAACGGAGACGACAGAAGAGCCGGAAAUACCAGACAGGAGAGUACCUGACAGAACAAGAAGAAGAGCAGCGGCGGAAAGGGAAAGCAGAUUCAAAGGCCCAUAAGCAGAAGACUUCUUCCCAAAGUUCAGAACAUUGCCUCCGGAACAGGAAUCUUCUCUUGUCCAGCAAAGCCCAGGGGAUCUCGGACUCACCAAAUGGUUUCCUUCCAAAUAACUUGGAGGAGCCAGCCUGCCUUGAAAAUUCAGAAAAGCCAUCAGGAAAACGAAAGUGCAAAACCAAGCACAUGGCAAAUGUCUCAGAAGAGGCAAAGAACAAAGGUCGUUGGAGCCAGCAGAAGACACGGUCUUCUAAAUCUCCCACUCCAGUGAAGUCCACAGAACCAUGCACACCCUCCAAGUACCGAAGUGCUGGCCCAGAAGAGGCCUCAGAGUCACCCAUGGCCCGGCAAAUUCCCCCAGAGGCACGGAGACUUAUAGUGAAUAAAAACGCUGGGGAGACCCUCCUGCAGCGAGCAGCUCGCCUUGGUUAUAAGGACGUCGUUCUCUACUGCCUCCAAAAGCAUAGCGAGGACGUGAAUCAUCGUGACAACGCAGGCUACACAGCCCUGCACGAGGCCUGUUCCCGGGGCUGGACUGAUAUCCUGAACAUCCUGUUGCAACAUGGGGCUAAUGUGAACUGCAGCUCACAGGAUGGCACAAGGCCAGUUCAUGAUGCUGUGGUCAAUGACAACCUGGAAACCAUCUGGCUCUUGCUGUCCUAUGGAGCUGAUCCCACCCUGGCUACCUACUCGGGUCAGACAGCCAUGAAGCUGGCCAGCAGCGAUAGCAUGAAGCGCUUUCUCAGUGAUCACCUCUCAGAUCUUCAGGGCAGAGCAGAGGGCGAUCCUCGUGCAUCCUGGGAUUUUUACAGCAGUUCUGUGUUGGAGAAAAAAGAUGGGUUUGCCUGUGACCUUCUCCAUAAUCCUCCUGGGAGUGCCGAGCAAGGAGAUGAUUCAGAACAGGAUGACUUCAUGUUCGAACUCUCAGACAAGCCUCUUCUCCCUUGUUACAACCUCCAAGUGUCAGUGUCCCGUGGACCCUGCAACUGGUUCCUCUUCACCGAUGUCCUGAAGAGGCUGAAGCUGUCCUCAAGAAUCUUUCAGGCCCGGUUCCCGCACCUUGAAAUCACCACCCUGCCCAAGGCUGAGUUCUGCCGUCAGGUGGCCUCAAGUCAGCUGCUCACCCCUGCUGAGAGGCCUGGGAGCAUGGAGGACAGAUCUCCCCCAGGCGCUUCUGAGACUGUGGAGCUGGUGCAGUAUGAGCCAGAGCUGCUGCGGCUCCUAGGGUCUGAGGUGGAAUACCAGUCCUGGAACAGUUGACGGAAACAGCCCCUUCCCAUUCUUCUUUCUCCUUCGAGUUCACCCUUCCCCCACUGCCCAUGUCUCCCCCACCGAGCACCAGACUGCAGAAUGAGGCAAUAAUACGGACCAACAAGAAGCCGCCUUAUCAAUGCCAGCAUUAGUGACUGGAACUUUUUUUGUCUGUUUUGGGUUACAGUUAGUUCUCAUCUUCCUGUUGUGGUUGGUGAUGGGGGUGGAAAGUUGAACUCCACUUCUGAAGACAAGAGGUCUAGAGAUGGUCGGAGGUGGCCACCAGGGUCCCUGUUUGGACUGUGCUUAUGACCAAGACCAAACAUGGGCCUGAUUGGCUGUGGCCUGUCCUAAGGAGAAAUGAGAAAAGCCCAAAUCUCUGAGUGCCCCUCUCUGUCUCCCUGUGCUCUUCUGUCUUCCAUAGUAUUUAUUUUAUUAGUAUUUAAUUUGUAUUGUUUCA